CAUGGACUCAAAACGGAUGCACGCACUUCCUUAUUCAUUCAAGGGUGGAUGAUGGUGGAUUCACUUUUGGAUCGAUAUUUCUUACCCGACCGUGGCUCGCCGUAAUUUGGAUAACUUUGAACGCUCUUCUUGAUGGCGGGCACCAGCUUGUGGCAGAGCCUCCAUGUUCAGAAUCUUGCCCUUAGACAGGAUCCAUUUUGGCAAGGCGCUGUUGGAAGAGCAUGGCUCCAGUCUCCACGGCUUAGCCACGCAGCAACAAGCUCUUGAGAAGCGUCAGGAUCUUUUGGCUCAGGAAGCUCAGCAGCGAAAUCUCCAGUUGCACGAGCUACGGAGAGAACAUCGAAAACUGUUGAAGGACUUCCACGAGCUUCGGGAUGAGUAUGGAGCCGUUCGCGAUUGUUUGACCGCUGCCAAUGUGGUCACCACACCAAACCUUUGCCGGCAUUUGAGCAGGCGCCGAGCGCCCCGUGUCUUCAAGAGAAUUCUGGAGGAGCCCGGCUUGGCCAUGGUCCUUGGAAGUGUCAUGGGGGUCAUGAGCUCCAUGCGCUUGCGCGAGACAGCGCAUGUGGCUGAUGGUUUGAGCAAAUGCCUUGGACUGCUGAAGAAGAGAAUGCCUCCGGACAUUUACGUCCUUGGCGGCAAGAACGAUUCAUCCCCAGCGCUUUGCGCCGUGGAAUGCUUCAGCCCUCUUCGGGGUGAGUGGCAAGCUGUGCCACCCAUGAGAGUCAGCCGCUAUGGCUGCGCGGCCGCCACUCUGAAUGGCUUGUUGUACGUCGUCGGGGGACACGAUGGCCAAAAGGCCUUGGCUUCCGCUGAGCGCUUUGAUCCGACGGUCAAGAAGUGGAGUCGUUUACCGGAUAUGCCGACUCCACGUUCACGCUGCGCAGCGGUCGCAGUGAAAGGACGCUUGCAUGUGCUCGGCGGGCGAGCAGAGUCACGGCUGACCAGUCCUCAAGCCUUGCCGACAGAGAGAUUUGAUCCCAGAACCUGCAAAUGGGAGGCCCUACCCGCCAUGCCCUUGGCUCCACUGGGAUGUGCUGCAGCUGAACUGAAGGGCACUAUUUAUGCAGUAGGUGUGAAUGCUGAUAGAAGCAUGAUUGUCGAAGUCUUUGAUCCAGCAGCAUGUACCUGGUCUGCUCGAGCGCCCGUCCCCAGGCAUCGCUUCGGGGUGGCCGCCGCGUCGGUGGCCGGGUCUUUGUAUAUUGCCGGCGGCCACAAUGGGCAGAAGGCGGUGGCCGAAUUGGAGCGCUGCGACCUGCGGAAGCAAGGCCAUUGGGAGCAGCUGCCCCCGGCGCCUUCUGCACGGCAUGGCUCAGCAGCAGCAGCUGCUGGAGGCUCCUUCUACCUCAUCGGCGGUGACGACGGCAAGUCGUUGGCCACAGUGGAACGCUUUGAUCCCAUGUUGAAGAGAUGGGUGACUCUGCCUCCCUUGCCGACGGGGCGCUUCGGCUGUGCGGCUGCAGCGGCCUGGGCGUAGGAGGAGAAGGUCAAGAUCUGGCCUUGCAAGCCAAGCCGCGAGGGGCCGCGAGGGGUGUCGGGGCCAACGCGUCGCUUAGGGCCAGUGUCGUGGUUUCCACGGCCAAUGAAUCACAUUUUUCCUGUGAAAACCACAGGAUCUAGGUAACCUAGCCUCAUGUGAACAGCACAUUGCACCGACUAGAGCGGUGGAGAGAUCGAACCUCUCUCUUGCCGCGAAAUCGCCCUUUGGGCCACAGAAA